AUUCCUUUACCUGUCUUGGCUGUGGAGUUUCUGUCUUCCACUCAUCUCCGCAACGAUUAUGGCUCUCGGCUGGCAGCCUGAGCUGGCAGUCUGAGCUGCAGUCACGUGUUACUGAUAUAAUUUAAACCACUGUCUCCGGCAAGUACCCCACUAUUAAAACCAGUUGUCUUCAUCUCAAUUUCUCUUGCCCCGCCGCUUGUGCUUCUCGAUCAGCCCUUUCCGUCUAGCGCUGCUGCUGCUGCUCUUAGUAAGAUGGUCGAAACGAAAGCCGCGACGAGGAGUGCGAUGAAUGUCGAAACCACUGGCAGGGGAGAGAGGAAAGGCGCCAUGGACCGGUUCGUCGUGCGACGCAUGCCGCCGCCGGUUAGCGACGGCGACGGCGACGGCGACGGCGACGCAAAAGACUGUCAUCCAAAGAGCGAAACGAUAGGCAGGGCUGGCGCCAUGGAUCGGUUCGUGGUGCGAGGCACGCCGCGGAUACGCGACGGCGACGGCGACGGCGUCGGCGACGCGAAAGGCUAUCCGAAGAGCGUCGGCAAGACAGGCGCCAUGGACCGGUUCGUCGUUCGCGGGAAGCUGCCGUUAGUAGGGCACAGAAGCGGCGACGGCAUCGAUUGCGGCGGCAGGAGGAUUGUACGGCGAAGGCACAUUUCAGCGUUGGAGUGGCAGACCACCAGCCGCCUUACCCUGAAUGCCAGGCUCGGCGCGCUGCAGCAGCUGCUGCAGUCAUACUCUCAGACGCUCGCCCUGUGCCCGCCCUUCCUGGAAUCGCCGCAGGUCGCCUUCCCCCUCCGUGCAGCCACCCCUGCUCCCAGGCCCUACAUCUCGAACCUGGCAUUCCACCCCGCGUCGUGCUCUGCCCCUCGCCUUGCUGCCGCUACUUCCACUGGCCUGCUCGCCGUCUACUCCACUCCACAUCACAUCUCGUCCGCCCAUGACCUCUCUCCAGUGCUGGAGUGCCGUGUGGGAUCGAAUGGGGCAGAGGGGAUGGCAUGGGAGGGGGCGAGAACAGCAGGGCAGAUAGCUCUAGUGGAUGGCACUUCGUCCGUUCACCUCUGCUCUUUCACAGAAGCAUCGCACCGUUUCUCUCGUCUUUCCCUUGCACCGUCGCGCAUCCAGCUCCUCUCAUCCGCCCCGAUGCCUUCGUUCUCGGACGUGGCCUUCCUCCCCUCCUACUCCUCGUGUGUGGCAGCAAGCACGGCAUCCCGAGCAGCAGUGUGGGACGUCAGAGCGUCCCUGACUUCUCCAGCCAUCUUAUUCCGCCUUCCAGACACCAGACGAGCUGCAGCCACCGCUACAACUGCGAUCAAGUGCCUUGCUGCCGACCCAGAUGCUUCCGUCAUCUAUGGUGGCUGUUCCGAUGGCUCCAUCUGUGCGUGGGAGAUGCGGCAGGGCACUGGGAACCACCAGCCUCCCCCACUCUCAUCCUCGUUACAGUCUCUUGCUGCUGAUAAUUCCCAAAGCCAAGGAGCAUGGAACCACCAGCCGCUGCCGUUGCCGCGUCCUACCUCGCAGCAGCAAUGUGCGACACCAGAAGCCGAGGGGACCAUGGCAGUGGGAACCAGAGGGGCUCAAAAGGCACUCCGAGCACAGGGGAACGUAGGCAGUGGGAGGAGUGGGAAAGGGGAGGGAGGGAGGAGUGGUGGGGGGAGUGUGGAAGGUGUGGCUUCUGGGGAGGGGAGUGGGGUAGCAGAGAAGGGUGGUGGGAAGAUGGGGAAGGAAGAGGGUGUUCUGAAGGAAGUUGAAAGGGAUAUAGACUGGGAAAUAGGGGUGAGAAGGGGUGCUGGUGGGUUAUGGAGCAGGGCAAAGGAGGGAGCGAGAGAGUGUGGAGGAGGUUUGAGACAAGGAGAAGGAAGCUCACGAGAGAGUGAAGGGGGCUUGGGUGAAAGAGAAAGAGAAGGAGAAGGAGAAAGAGAAAGUGAAAGAGAAGGAGAAGGAGAAGGAGAAAGCGAGAGAGGACGAGAAAGAGACUUGCGGGAAGGUAGACGUGAGAUGCAAAGUGCGGCAGAGUGUGCGGACAGCAGUGCAAGGGAGUGUGCAAGCGGUAACGAUAUGGGGCGAGCGAGUGGAGAUGUAAGGGUUGGCGGGCAAGGGAUGGCUGUUGAGGCAAGGAUUCAGUCGGAGAGAGCAACGACUGGUGGGGUGAAGGGUAGGGAAGGUCCGGAGCACAGGAUACAGGAGCUUGGGAUUGGAGAGGAGAGGAGAGGCGACAGCAACGGUACGAGGGACAGCAGCAAUAGAUGCGGGAACUUUAGCAGCAGCUUGAACGGCGGCGGCGUUAGCAGCAGCAGCAAGAGCAGGGCGAGAGAGAGCGCUCGAGCAGCCUUGGAAGGAAUGAGAAAGAAAACCAAAGGCACGGGGACAGGCAUGGGAGCAGGCACGGGAGCAGGUAUGGAAGUGGAUGGAUGUCUGGAGCUGAACAUUGAGAGAGGAUUCGCCAAAGUGCAAGAGAUGGGCCAGGUUAGAGGUGCCAUGAUCCAUGAUUGGGUGGGAGGUUCAAUGGGUUUUAACAGGGCGGCUGUUGCUUGGGGGGCUAAGAAAUCUGCCCCUUUCACUCCCACGGAUCUGCUUGGCGCGCAGGGCUGGAGUGAAUCGGUGUGGGGGUGCAGCCGUGCCAGCCGAAUCAGCUAUGCCAGGCACAGCAGCGGGGACUGUGCUAGUCACCAUCAGGUGACCAUCAGCAGCAGAGACAAUACAGGUGGCAGCGAGACGAGGCUUGGACGGAGUAGCUUGGAUCAUUCCUCCAGGUCUAGGGGGGGUCCUGCUGGUCGAUUGGAGGUUGGCGCAAGGGUAGGGGGUGGGUCGGUAAGAGUGGGGAUGGAUGGAGGGGAAGGGGAGCACAGGGAGGCUGGUAGGGCAGCGGUACCUCGUGAGUCGAUAUCAGCCGCAGCAGUGACAACUGCAGCGGCAGGACUAGGGGCGGCGGCAUUGGGAGUGGGAGGAGCAGUAUCGGGAGGAGCAGCAGCAGCAGCAGCAGCAGCAGAUAGGCAAACGGCAGAAAGGGGAGGCACUGGGACAAGGGAAGGAGGAGGAUGCAGAGUAGAGGAUUCCCAUGGGAGACAUGUUGGCAUGCAGUGGCAGGGCAAAGCUGAACAACGCACACUAAGAGAAGGAGGAGGAGCAGGAGGAGCAGGAGGAGGAAUGAAGGCAGCAGGCAACAGCGCCAGAAGAAGAAGUCCUGCAGUGCAGUCUGCUCCCUCACUAUUUGGUGGGACGCCGUCAGCAUCAUCUGCAUUCUGCUUUGGACGAGAGCAUGGCGCUCUCCCUCUCCACCUCUUCUCCACCUCCCAUCUCUUUGGCUCCGUGCCCUCUUUACAGGAGCAAGCGGGAAUGACCUCCUCAGCAGUGCAGCACAUAUCCUUUGACCCCGCGUCCGCCUCCCGCCUUUCCUUCCACCUCAACAACGGCUGGAGUGGGGUGUUGCAUGUGCCCUCUCUGUCGCUCUCCCACAUCCACUGCCCGCCCCCUCCCUGGGUGUCUACUCGGUUGGAAGAGGACGAAAAUCUAGGCGAGCAGCACCACCCGCAGCUGGCGCCGCCAGUGGUUGAUCCCUGGCGCUGGAGGCUUCUCACCCGCCGCACUCCCGCUUGGCUUCCAAACUCGGUACUUUGUGUUCCUUCUGCCAGGGACCCACACCUCUUCUUCCUAGACUUAGGCUCGGGAUCUCCACACGCCACCCCAUGCUCCAGUGCAUUAAAUCAAGGGCUGGCCCCUUCAAAGCCACACUACAAGGCCCGUACAUCAAGGUCAACACAUAUUGCUGCUGUGACUGCUCCACUCGCUGCAGUGGCAGCAGCCCCCAAUGGACUCGACGUCAUUGCAAGCACUAUAGAUGGAGCUAUGGUGGUGGUGUCCCCAUUCUUGCCAGCUUGAUUGAUUUGGUGGUUCACUUGGUUUAAAUAGAAUGUCACCUUGAUUGAAGAAAAGAGUUAUAGUUGUUUUGAAUGUAGUCCGCUUACGGUAAUUUUGACAGACGAGGAAGCUGCCCCUGAGUCCUGACCUGUCAAGUAGACAAGUUCUCCACCAAUCGGAGCGACCAUUUCGAGUUGAUGGCCCCUCGAUUAGCGGACGGGCCACGCUGAAUCCAGAAUGACUG